AGAAAAUAAACAGCUAUAUUUCGGGUCCUGCGGCGCCGAGGUCAGGGGGGUGUUUGUUGCGGUGUCUCCUCCAUAUCGUCCUACACCGGUCCCUGCUGCUUUUUCUGCCUCACAAGUUAACAGCAACAUCAUCAACACCAGUAAUACUCGGCAAAAUGGCAGUUCCUCCAACCUAUGCAGACCUUGGAAAAUCAGCAAAGGACAUCUUCAAUAAGGGAUAUGGUUUUGGACUGAUUAAGCUUGAUGUGAAGACAAAGUCCUCAAGUGGAGUGGAGUUUAAAACGUCCGGCUCAUCCAAUGUAGACACCAGCAAGGUCAACGGAACCCUGGAAACCAAGUACAAGUGGGCUGAGUAUGGGCUGACGUUCACAGAGAAGUGGACCACGGAAAACACACUUGGUACAGAAAUUUGUGUCGAGGAUCAGAUCACCAAAGGGCUGAAACUUACUUUUGACACUACAUUUUCACCAAAUACUGGCAAGAAGAGUGGCAAGGUCAAGACGGGUUAUAAAAGGGAAUACCUUAAUGCUGGCGUUGAUGUAGAUUUAGAUUUCGCUGGUCCUACUAUCCAUGGAGCAGCCGUGGCCGGCUACGAGGGCUGGCUGGCUGGCUACCAGAUGACCUUUGACACAGCCAAAUCCAAGAUGACCCAGAGCAACUUUGCAGUUGGUUACAAGACCGGGGACUUCCAGCUCCACACCAAUGUAAAUGAUGGUUCAGAGUUUGGUGGAUCCAUUUACCAGAAGGUAAAUGACAAACUGGAGACUGCUGUGAAUCUUGCCUGGACAGCAGGCAGCAACGGCACUCGCUUUGGAAUUGCUGCCAAAUACCAGUUAGACUCCAGUGCCUCCAUAUCAGCUAAGGUGAAUAAUGCUAGCUUGGUAGGAAUUGGAUAUACCCAGACUCUGCGGCCUGGUAUGAAACUACUCCUCUCUGCACUGGUGGAUGGGAAGAAUAUCAAUGCUGGUGGUCACAAACUUGGUCUGGGCCUGGAGUUGGAGGCAUGAGGGCCUGCUCUGCCAUUUCAUAAGAAGAUGAAGAAUAUUAGCUGAAUCUGACCCUGAGCAUUCCUGUCGGGUCAGAUAUUUUAAAGAGAUGAAGCCAAAACAAAAAAAGAAGCCCAGUUCUCUAGCACUGUUAAGAAAACCUUUCCACCAGCCUCCUUUCAUUGUGGUUACAAUAACUAGUCAUGUUUCAAUCACAUGUAUUUAUAAAUCAGUUCUGCCAAUUUAUCUUCCGUAGUGAUAGAAAAACCCUCCUCUGGGUGCACCAUGUCCAGGAAUGGUUUCAAAAAACAAAACCCUUGUUAUUUCGCUGAAGUGUGAUAAAGUAGAAUGUAAAUCUUAAGCUGUUAUUUUGCACAGUAGAAUAUACCUUUUAUUUAAGCUUUUUCUCUUGUUUUAUUUGCACAUUUUAUUUGUAUUUUGGUAGUGAUAUUCUGCCUGUUGGAUGGGUUACUCGUUAUCAAGAUCAAAGCCGAUCUAUUGUCUGGUCUUCACUUAUCUUUCUAGAGAGGCUUAAUUGUGCUGUGUGAUGGGUUUGAGACCUCCGCUACCUUAAACACCUGCUUCUAAGUUGCAAGACAAUGCUAAAUGGAUUUUCUUUUCCACAGUGUGACUUGAGUGAAAGAAUAUGAGUCAAUCACCCACUUUUCGUCCCAUUUCUGAGGACUGUGACACUAAUCAGGAAGAGGUUUGUGUGUUGGCGUGUCUAACCUUUGCAAUAAAGUCCUGAAAUCAA